UUGUCAUUUGCAAUCGAUAACGUAAGUGUAUUGUAUCUCUUUCCGAAUUCAAAUACAAUAUGGAGAAAAUGUAUUCUAAAAACAAUUAUUGUGUUUCUUGGAAAACCCAUUCUAAGCAUGUAUUCAAAUCGUUAUGUUGUUUAAUGGAACAUCAAAGUUUAGUGGAUAUCGCUAUCUGUUGUGGUAACAAAACUCUUCAUGCACAUAAAUGUAUACUGGCCGCGAACAGUCAUUAUUUCAAGGAUGAAUUCGAGAAGAACCCAUCUGUGGAACAAAUUGUAAUAUCCGGAUUCGACUUUGGCGUCCUGAAGUCUAUCAUUGAAUUCAUGUAUUGUGGAGAAACCAUUAUUGAAGAGGAAAAUGUGAAAUUUCUGAUUGGUGCAGCUAAACUUUUUCAAGUGAGGGGUCUUGAUACUUUAUUCUCCGACAGACAAGAACAUCAGCACUUGAUCGAGGACGUUCAUAUUCCGUACCCUCAGUUCAUGAGUAAUAAACCGAAAUAUCCAGUGGCGUAUCAUGGCUCCAGUAACUCUCAAUUAACGAAUGACACUGGUUUGAAGAUAACUUCCUUCAACAUUAAUGAUCCCUUCAACAAAAAAAAAUUGAAAAGGAAAUAUUUGAGGUCUGAAGCGGAAAAAGCUUGUGCGAAAGAGGCUCAUGCUAGUAGAAUGGCGUUGGCACAUUUACAAAAAGAGAUUGCCACUACAUCCCAAGUGAAUUCCUUCAUAAUUGAAGAGUCUUGUACUGAAACAACUGUUGAAAAUUUUAUUCCUCAUGCUGAUGAUUCCUGUAUAGAUGUGACAAAAACUGUACAGCCUGUUCAAUUAAUCGAUUACACUGAUGCAAGUGGAGGUUUCAAUUGUAACAGUACGUUGAAUGCGAAGAAGAAUCUUUUACAGUUUGCUACUCAAAAUCCACAAGAACUCAUGUCCGAUAAGUUGAAAACCAUAUUUGGCGCAGAUUCUCAAUCCGAUAUUGAAAUUAUUUUUAAAACUAACGAUGGAAAUUUUGUUACCGUGAACGAUGAAGUUUUGCAGAAUAUAUCUAAGGGUGGUCUUCAGUAUCAAAUAGUCGAUGAGGAUGGACACGUUGGCGAAAUUCAGGAUCUCAAACCUGCAACAGAAAAGAUGGAUAGUCACCAUGGUAUAGAAAUAAUAAAAGACUUCAUGAGAUCGGCAAAAAUAUCAUCUUCGGCACCAUCCACAACAUGUUCAGGAGGUUCUAUCAUUAUUAACGAUGGAAUGGAAAACGAGCACGAAGCUAUUCCCGGAUUUAAAGUUGGACAAUCUACGUUGACAUCUACCGAUUCGGAGUUUGCCGAUAGGAAACCUAUCCAGUUCAUGUUGAUUGACAACGGAGACUUCCAUGAUGGUAUUAUAGAUACCUAUCCUCAUCCCAUCAAGAUCACGACGGAGAAGGAAUCGACAGACUUGUCGAAGCAUCUGAACGCGGAGGAUUUUUCCAGUUUCAGUACGGUUGGGGAAAGAGAUAGCUCCAUGGAUUUUGAUAAGUCUGCAUUGAAAUUUUCGCCUGAUAUAUUCUUCGCAGAUCCUUCUAAUUCAAGCACCGAAACAGUGGAUCAAAAAUUUUCACUAACCCGGCAAACUUAGCAUUUUCAUUGUAUUUAUAUGAGUUAUAGUUUCGAGAUUUUUAUGACUGAAUAAUUGAUUUUAUAGUUUUCAAUAAAUAAUAAUAAUAAU